UUAUAUGUGCACGAGCGUUGAACAUGCGUAGUUGCAAAUCUUUCUAUGGAGUAAAGAGUAUCACAUAUCAAUAUAAUACAGAGAAGUUGAACAGCGUGGUAAUUGUGGCUUAAACAUGCAUGAUUUCAUUAAGUGCAUUUGAAUAUGUUGAUAGCAAAAUCUCUGGCAAUGUUUUUCUAUGAACUUCGGAGUAUUGUUACAGAAGGGAGCUUAUUCUUCAGAAGGAAUAUACUUUCAGUGGGAUGUUAGUGCGGUGUAAACUCAAAGAGCCACGGUAGGAAACUGAAGAUGUACACAACUUUACCAAAAUCAUGGCGGGACGAUUUCGACGUCAACGCCUCGUUGACUGAACUCAACGACGCUUUGGUCAAGCUACACCUUCCGGCCAUUUUCAUCUGCGCUUCGCUUGCAGUGAUCGGGAUCAUCGGAAACCUGAUCGUGUUAAGCGUCUACAUACCCCACCCAAGCUCAUUUUCACGUGUGUUUAUUCUGUGGCUUGCUGUUGUAGACUUUAUCGCGUGCAGCGGCGGAACGCCACUUCUAGUGUUUAGCAUGAUUCAUCCGUACCAGUUUCCGUCCGAGAGCGUAUGCAAAACGUUACGUUUUGUCCACGUUUUUCUUGUUGGGACGUCAGUGUUUAUAUUCGUUAGUAUUGCCAUUGAAAGGCAUCGGGCUAUCUGCAUUUUUGAGCUGGUUGAAAUGAAUACAAGGCGAAUGCAUGCCAUGUGUAUUGUGUCUUGUAUAAUGGGAGUUGUAGUGGCCGUCCCGGCAAUAUUUAUUUACGGAAUAAGGACAGUCAAAACUGGAGUUCACAAUAUCACAGGGACUGAAUGCUUUGUUGAAGACCACUUUAUACAAACUGAUUCAAUAUGGCCCAAAAUAUACUUCCCAUUUCAAUCUAUAGUCGUGAGUAUAUCAUUUGCUAUAUUACUUGUGUUGUACAUUCGGAUUGGACGACAGUUAAAGUGGCAUUUGAAAUUCACGAGACGUUACUCCACAAGCUCGAUCUUAGACAAGUCAACCAAAUCAAGCCAGUCCCUGUGUACACAAGAAGAUGCGACAAGCACACAUAAAAACACAGCUGGAAGUAUCUUAAUGAAGACCACGGCGUCAGAACAAACUGAGGGAACGUACAGACUACACAUGCCCGUCGGGAAGGCAGUGUCCAACGCCGCUAGCCACGUAAAUAGAGCCGCCCAUGAGAUGACCAGCAUGUUUUGUUGGUUGACGGCCGUUUUUGUGCUCUCUUUCAUUCCUCAUCUUGCUUUUAUCAUCUACUCUACCUUUCGACCAGAUUUUGCGCAGGAUAUGACGUCAUUACAGGUUGUGACGUAUAACAUUUUUCUGAGAUCGUUUGUGAUAAAUAACAUGGCGAAUCCUCUGGUAUAUUUCACAUGUGUACGUGACUUCCGGAGAGACUUUAGGAAUUUAUUCUGCAAACUUUUCUAUUGUUACAGGUGUUCAUGGACGAAGUAAACGAUAACCUGUCAAAAGCGAUUGGGAACGUUUUUCAAGACCUAAAUUAGCUUAUUUUAGAUAGUGAAUGAAACAGUUAUUCUAUGUUGUUUUUAAAGUAGAAGGCUGAAUAGUUGAGGAUCAUGUCAUUGCUGCGGUUUAAGGUCAACUCAUAUAUGAACUUUUAUCCGUCAGGGAACAAAAAUAGCUGAACACGAAUUGCGUCUAACUCUAAGGCUCAUGCACUAAACUUCAGGUUCUACUAAACCUUAAUGCCAUGAAAAGGUUUCAAACUCAAAGGUAUAGGCAUAAACUGAAAUGCCCAGAAUAUGACUCCAUACCUUCAAAUUAUAUUCCGAAACUCAUCGUAAAUAAAACCAACAAUGUGAAUCUUUUCCAUGUGAUAUACGGAGGUUGACAAUUGAAGAGCAAGUGUCAGACCUAUAGGUCAAUCCUGGUUCUUUAAUAUUAAAAAUAUGACGAAAUGAAUUAAAUAGAGUUGUUAAAAAUUACAUUGAAUAUACUAUUCGCGAUGUAAUGCAUGGAACUGUGCAAUGCUCAUUCCAAUUUCUGUCAGACAUGUAGGAAGCGUUAGAUGUCUUCUUUAAUUGAGAAAAUAUUCAUACAUUUUUCGUUUCCCAUCUUCAUCAAAACAAAUGCAUUCAAAUACAUCUUUGGACGAUGGCAUAAAAAACAACGGAGAAUGCUCCUCUGACUCUGGAAAUACCUGUAUGAUGUUUUACAAUCUCUUAUACAAAAUAUCUGUAAGAGUUAUUUGACAAUCUCUUACGACAAUACUUGUACAAUCUCUUAAGCAAUCUUUUACGACAAUACUUGGGCAAUCUUUAAGUCAAUAUUUUACAAAAAUACGUGUACAAUCUGUUAGUCAAUCUCUUACGAAAAUACGUGUAGGGUUAGUGUUUCAGUAUUGUAUUAAAAACAUCAGUUGAGAGAGCUCAUCAUAUUGUUUGUAGUUUAUGUCCUGGGUAUUUUUCAUCCAGAUAUAUCUGCUUUUAAGACGUAUUUUAAGUCAAACUAAUUACCAUUAGUUUUCAAUUGAUCUUAUAGAUGGAUUGACUACCAACAAUCAUCCUUAACACCUGAGAAGCCGUGCGAAGUUCAAUAAACUGAUAUCCGUUUACAAGACAUUUUAAGUUUAAUGCUUUAUUAUAGUCAGUCUCUAAGUUUGUUCUUAUAAACAAUUAAGUCGGCAGACCCACCGCAGCCCGUCGCCGAUUCAAUUGUUAAGAAGUCCAAAAUUAAAUGCUGACAUAUUUAGUGUUGAGCGCGAAAUGCAUUUAUUGUAGACUACGAACACACACGAGCUAGUAUAAAAAUACUUGAGGGCUCAUGCAUCAGACAAUGAGAUCACCAGAUACAUCCACAUUUAUUCAUUCAGAAAAGCGUUGACAAUCAAAUAUCUAUUUUAUAGAUUUCAACCUCUAAAUUUCCAUUAAAAAAAGAAAACAUCUGUCAAUAUCAAUUAAGAAACACAACCAACUGCCAAUUAUUAUUAAGUCAUUUAUUUAUAUAUAUUUUGCGCGUACGUUGUGUAAGUAGGUUGCUUGAUGUGUUUACAUGCUUAAUAUAUUUUGUCACAGGAGAACGUUUAUGUAUGUAUCACUUUAACUGAUUUUAUUGUUCAUGAACCAUUCAAUAAUUUUGCCAGUUUAAGAACUUUAUGAACUGUUGAAAUAAAAAUGUGUUUUUUUGUAAACGUUUGUAUGUAGUUUUGUUCAUGACUUUUGAAUGGAGAAGAUAUGCAAAUUGUCAGUUCCAUAAGGUAAAGUAACCUAACGAUGUAUAGGCUCAAAAGAGUUUUAAUUAACUAAUGGCUUAAAAUGUACCAUUAUAUGUGCAACUGAAAAAGACGAGCGAAAACUGGCUGCCCAAUUAAUUGUUUUAUAAAGCUUAAAUGAAUAAUUAACUUACUUUGACCGCAGAUUGCUCAAACUAGCUAUUGCGCAAUUGAA